UUUGCCUCCCUUUAUAUUUAUUUAUAGGUAGCUCCAUCACAUUAUGAAAGCGUAGGCAGUUGUGUGAAGCUACAUGGUAGCGAGUGCAGAUCUGCUACAGCUAAUGAGACUUACCAGGCACCAAAGUUAAGAAAAAGGAUUAGCUCCAGCUUCUUGCAAAUGCAUCCGAGGAUGUAUACGACCACUUUUUGCUUUCCGGCCGGGCCCUACUUUGUCCAAGCUAAUUUGGAAAUGACUGUAUCUCGAAGACCUGCCUAAAUAACGGGUGUUACUUGUAGCCGUGAACUGACCGAUUUAGUAAUAACUGCUUGCUUUCAACACCGGGGGGCAAAGCGGAGGGGGGUGGCAGAGGGUCCCUGACCCCACUAAAACGCUCUCCCACCGUUCCCCGAGCAGCCUGGCGCUGAGCCCCUCUCCGCUGCUCCUGCGUUUAACGUGCGCUUUUCCCGAGGCCGCCUGCUUCGGGCACCGGUAUCCCGGGAUGGGCAGGGGGCGGCGGAGCCCCGCGGGGGAUGCGCGGGGCGGAGGGUGGCGGCCGCAGGCCCCCUCCCACCCCCCCCCGGCGGGGGUGUGAGCGUGGGGGGGUGCGUGCGGCGCGCCGGGGAGAGAUGCUGCGUGUGUGUAAUUUUAUCCACGCUGCACUCUGGGAGUUCACACGAGCCCGAUACCUUUUGCCUCCUCUGCUUUGUAUCAAUUGGUCGCAGAUCGGGCUAUUGUUGCAGGAAGCGGCUUUUAUUUCUAUGCUCUGCAGAUCAGCUAUUUUCCCCGCGGUCUCCUGCCGAAUUUCAGUGGGUCUCUCCCUCUCCCCCCUCCUCCUGCUCCCGGUCUCUCAUGCGUGCCGUCUGGCUAGCUGGAAACCCAAGGAGAAGGCUGAUCGCGGCAGCUCCAUCUAAUACAAACAGCUGGGACUCCUCGGUGGCGUUUGCCGAUGUCUAUUGAUUUAAGUAAAUCUGAGACAGAUAAAAGGGCCGGAGCGAGGCCGAUAGGAACUCGCCGAUGCUUCGCCACUCGGACCGGAGCGCGCUUCGGCAGCCCGGCGCGCCGCUAGCGAGACGUCCCUGAUGGGACCCCCGGUGCCGCUCGCUCCAAGCCUCCGUCGCCCCAGCAGACUGCUCGCCGCGGCCAUCAUGACACAAUGCUGGUAAUUUGGAUCUUGCUCCUGAGCCUGUGGCAGGAGCCGUGCGCCCCGGGCCCGGCCGGAGCCUCCCCCGGCGACCCCCGGCCGCGCCGGGAUGCGGGGGGCCGCGGCGGUGUCUACGAGCACCUGGGGGGAGCGCCCAGGCGCAGGAAGCUCUUCUGUGCCACCAAGUACCACCUGCAGGUCCACCCCAACGGCAAGAUCAACGGCACCCUGGAGAAGAACAGCGUCUUCAGUAUCCUUGAAAUAACAGCUGUUGAUGUUGGGAUCGUUGCCAUCAAGGGCCUGUUCUCUGGCAGAUACCUGGCCAUGAACAAAAGGGGCAGACUUUAUGCGUCGGAGAAUUAUAACACAGAGUGUGAGUUUGUGGAGAGGAUCCAUGAGCUUGGUUACAACACCUACGCAUCCCGUCUGUACCGGACUGUACCUAACGGAGCCAGCACGAAGCGCAAAGCCAGUGCAGAGAGACUCUGGUAUGUCUCAAUCAAUGGGAAAGGACGACCCAGGAGGGGCUUUAAAACUCGCAGGACACAGAAAUCCUCUCUCUUUCUGCCCAGAGUAUUGGAUAACAAAGACCAUGAAAUGGUCCGACUGUUCCACACAAAUACGAGAUAUCGAGAGAGCCUCCUGAAGCCUCCCAGUAAGAACCAGCGAAGAAGGAGAGGACGCUAAUGGGGUGGAGGGAACUUGAGUUGGGAUUGGAAGUGAAUGACAGUCUUCAAAAUACUACUACUAAAAGAAACUAACAGCUGUGAUCGUAUGGUAAACAUUAAUAUGGGAAUCUUUAUAUACUGUAUAAUAUACCUGAAAGUCACACCACUUACUUUUAGCUGUUUUAGAAUUAUUAUCCAUGGUAAAAAAGAUGUGAGAUAAGCUAAGGCACAUUCAAAUGUAAUUUAGUUUGAUAUAAUAAUUCUGUUGAUGGCUUUCACAUUUUUCUUUUCUUAAAAAAAAAAAAAAAAAAAAAAAAAAAAAAAAAACUUAGUAUUUUCACUCUAUCUCACCGUAGGGUACUAUCUCUGAGACUCUGUCCUCCCAGAUCAUAUGAACAUUUUACACUUACCAAUUCUGUGUCUACAGAGAAAGCAUAGCACUUUCAUGGCUCUUUUGGCAGUUGCUUAUAAAAGACUACAUUCCUAUUUGUAUGGAACGCAGGAAUCAGAAAACUGGUUUAUUUUGUAACUAACAUAUAUUUAUUUUUAUUAUAUGAUCAUUUAGUAUCAACUAUUCGUUUUCCAUGACCAUUCAAGAAACCUGCAAUUGUAAGCUACUUUAAACUUUUGAACAGACCUACACAUUACUGCAGAUUUUUGAUUUUGUUUUG